AUGGCGACGCCUACACCCCCAGCUCCGCCCGUCGGCCCUGACACGCUGGUCACAAUCAAGAUUCUGCAGAACGAAUCCGUCAACCGUCGCGUCAAACUCCCGCUGAGAGAUUUGGGUGCUCGUGUGUUUCCUCAGAAGAUCCGCCAAUUGCUCGCCAUCCCCCCUACCCACGUCUUGACUCUCGAGCGCUACUCGGACAGUGUCGCCUCCUACGUUCUCCUCGACAGUGAGAACCUGACAGUCUACAAACAGCUUUACCGUGCUGCCAAAGCGAAGCUCAAGCUUCGUAUCAAGGCCACGUCAUAUCCAGAAGUCAAUCCCGAGCCUGUUGCUACGCCUAUUCCUUCGCCUAUUCCUGAAUUGCCGUCUCAAAAGGACCCGAAAGAUUCGUCGCCACGUUAUAGCUAUCUAGAAACAGUCCUUAGCUCCCCGCUUAACGCACCGCAGAAAGAAGCAGAGGCAGAGGCCGAGGCCGAGGCCCCCCAGCCUGUGCAAGAAUUCCCUCAACCUGGAGCUUCAACCAUGACACUGCCCUGCGGUCGGCCACGGCCUACAUUUCCUCUUCGCUUCCCUGAAAAUGAUAGCGCGGCUGGAUCAUUUUGCAUCGACUGUAACAACUGCAGAAAGGGUAUCCCAGCAGAACACUUCCAUUGCGGCAUUUGCGAUGAUGGCGACUACGACUUGUGUCCUGCCUGCGUGAAUGCCGGUGUGACGUGCCCUGGCCAGAACCAUUGGCUGCUUAAGCGGUUGGUUCAGAAUGGUGUGGUGAUUAAUAGCACUACAGAGACCAUCGCUCCCAAGCGUACUGCAUCUGAAGAGACGUUGGUUCAGGAGACGUUGGUUCAACCGGUUGCUGAAAAAGAGGUAGAGCCAAAGGCUGAAGAGACCACCCCGACUCCGGUCUUGGAGGUCAAUUGUGAUGCCGAGGAACGAACCUGCAAUGCAUGCUUCCGUGAAUUCUCCAAAUCCAAGAUGGUUACCUGCGACGACUGCGAGGAUUAUGACCUGUGUGUUGGUUGUCUCUUGAAAAACACCCAUGGCCAUCAUCCCGGACACAGCUUUUCCAUCAUCAGUGAGGUCCACUUCUGCUUGAAGGCUAUGGUGCAGUCGCGCUGCCGUCCUGGCCACCAUCGCCACCAUGCAGCAACUUGCGAUGGAUGCAACAAGCGCAUCAUUGGAGUCCGUCACAAGUGCCUGGCAUGCCCUGACUGGGAUUACUGCUGGUCAUGCAUCAAGAAUGCUGACGAGACUCAUCCCCGCCACCGCUUUGUUCCCAUCUACGACGUCAUUGCUGAGCCCCUGCCUUCUCGGGAAGUCCACCAUAAUAUCUACUGUGACGGUCCUCUGUGCCGAAACAACCCCGCAGCUUCCUGGAUCGUUGGCCCUCGGUACAAGUGCUCUAUCUGUCAUGAUACCGAUUUCUGUGCAGCCUGCGAGGCCCUGCCUACCAACCCGCACAACCGCACGCACCCGUUGAUCAAAUUCCAGACUAGUGUGCGUAAUGUGAGCGUGAGCACUCUCGGUGACGAUGGAUUUGGCGGUCAUCCAUUUGUCAUGGGUGACCACAAUGCUAUGCCUGCAUAUGAGGUACCUACGCCUACCACAGCGCCUACUACGGAGCCUACCCCAGUGCCUCCUGAAGUAGCUACGGAAAAACAAGACAGCAAGAGCGAAGAGCAAUUCACCGAAGCACCGCAAGUUGCUGAAAAGGCCGAACCUUUGGAGUCAGUCAUGGAAGAUCACGGUGCUUAUUUUAUGCGGGACACCAUUCCUGAUGGCACGUCUAUGUCGCCGGGCCACGUCUUCAAACAGACAUGGACGCUGUACAACCCGGGCCCGUUAGCCUGGCCUAUAGGGACAAGUAUACGCUAUGUAGGCGGCGAUGCGAUGUUCAACGUCGACACCAACCACCCAUCCAGCGCGCAGGAACUCACCAUGGCCAUGUCCAGCGACGAACUCACCAGUCCUGUGGGACCAGCCGAGUCAGCCGACUUCACAGUAACUCUCAAGAGUCCUCAACGUACGGGAACUUCCAUCUCGUACUGGCGCUUGAAGCUGCCCAACGGAACUCCCUUUGGACACAAGUUGUGGUGUGAUAUCAAGGUUGCCGAGGAGCUGCCAGUCGAAUCAUCUCUGACAGCCCCUCUCAGCGAGAGCAACAUGAUCUUCCCGAAACUGGAAAAGGAGUCUCCUUUGUCCAGCACCCAUGAAGCCAUGUCUGAGACUGCCCCAUCCGCGCCUCCCUUGUCGAGUGCCGACGAGCAGGAGAUUCUAGAGGAUGUCGAGAGCUUGGCUUUGGAAGACGUGUCGGACGAUAAUGGGUUCUUGACGGAUGAGGAAUACGACAUUCUCGACGCGAGUGACCGAGAAUCGCUGCAUGGCAAGAAUGCUUAA